AUGGCAUUAGUCGACUAUUCAGACUCUGAGUCAGACUCUGAAACCGUUUUAAAGCCAGAGCCAACUCCUCAAGCCCCAACGGCAUCAGCGACAACUGCAAAGAAGCCGAUUCAAAAGGUAGUUGACCGCGCCAACCCGCGUAAGAUCCUCGUCAACCUAUCUGGCAGAUCAGUACUAGAGAAAGCGACACCAAAAGCCGGCGAAGAGCCUCCAGCAAAGCGUAAGCGAACCGCCGGAGGAGCCUUCAGUGGUUUCAACUCUCUACUCCCCGCGCCAAAGAAUGCUGGAAAACCCGCGACAGCCAGCAGCAGUGGCAAGAAUGCGCCGAGGCCGGGCGUCAACUUGAAAACUGGGGCAGCCCCUGGAUUCAGCAGGAAUAACGACGAAGAUGGCAUGGAUGGGGAGUCACUGAAUGGACAACCCGCGCAACAACCGUCAAUACCAGAGGGGCAGAAGCCCGCAGACGAGGUUAAACUAGUCGGCAAGCCCCUGAUGUUCAAACCACUGUCAGUGUCCCGGAAACCGGCGAAGAAGAAAGCAACAUCAGUUGUCAAGGCGCCGCCUAAAUCAAGUACACCAGCUACUAUGCCAGUAUCACAACCAGAAUCGCCAAUGGAGGAACUUGCUAAGAAGAAAGUAUCACUCUUCUCCAUCUCCGACGAGCCAUCCGAGCCCACACCCAUAGACCCCAGCCCUUCCAACGGUACCUACGAGCCCAUGUUCCCAACCUCAUCAGGCCAACAUGACUCCUUUGCCGACUACGACGCCCAAUUCGCCAGCAGUUAUUCCCACUCGCAAUCCCAACUCCAACCCACCGCCUCCACAGACGAAUCCCUCGACUCAAUAGCCUCAAGCAUGAACCUCUCCGCAACGGCGCGACGGGAGCUCUUCGGGCGUCGUGGUGCGCCCGGCUCGGCGCAAUCCGCCGCCCGCGUCAUCAAUUUUAACACAGACGACGAGUACAAGCACAACGAGGAGUUGCGGGCGGCAGGCGAGCAACAAAUACACAACCCGGUGCGGGCCAUCGCACCAGGCAAGCAUAACCUCCGCCAGCUGGUCAACCAGGUGCAGAAUCAACGCGAGGCGCUUGAGGAGAGCUUUGCUCAGGGGAGGAAUAAUCGGAAUGAGGCAGGGGCCAAAUAUGGAUGGAGGUGA